AAAUUAUCACAGCAAAAAAUCACGAUCCUACAAGAAGAUUUCAGUAAAACUUGUCUAUCUCAUUCAAGUAAUAGCAUCGGACUAUAUCAUCUUGAACUUUUCUUAGUUGAUAGAUCUGCUACUUAUGGACAAAAUAUAGCACCAGAAGGAACAAUUUAUUCAUCAGAGAGAAACAGAACAUAUUAGACCAUCGAUGCCACUUUAAAUUCUUUGACUAAUUAUAUUCGGCAGUCAAAUGUUUGUUUGUUUGUUUGUUUUUUUUUAUAAAUUUUAGAACGAUAUAUUAAUCGAAAAAGAUAAUGAAUAUGCAUUACAAUUAUCAAUUUAUUGUCAAUCAUUAAUGAAAAGUCCAAUAGCUCGUAAUUUGAAUGCAAUACCAUCAAUGAUAAUUAAUAAAACAUUCAUUGAAAAUAAUGAAAAUUGUAAUCGUUUAUUAAAAAAUCGUCAAUAUUCCAUAUUAAAUAAAUUAGAUAAUUCAAUUGAUUU